AUGGCGGGCUGUGGAAGGCUGCUAGACCACCCGCAGUGGCUGCGUAACUGUGGGACCCUCCACUGGCUGUGUGGGAAGCCUGCUCAGGUCCCUGCCCAGGUCCCUGCUGCCAGCCCCCGCGACUUUGUCCCCGCAGCCGGACUCCUGAGAGUUUUUCCCACACAGAAACCCACUAAAGUCUGCAGUGCCCAAGAUCAUACUGUCACUUUAGCAACUACUAUCAGCAGCACUUUUUCAUCACUCACUAUAGGGGAACUUUUAGCUCCAGCAGCUCCUUUCAACAAGAAAUGUGGUGGUGAAAACUGGACUGCUGCUUUUGCUCCAGAUAGUUCCUCCUUUGUGUGGUUACAAGGAUAUCAUAUUGUGAAGCUUGUCCUGUGGUCCCAGUGCCUUAAGAACUUUGUUUUACAUGGUUCCAAGAAUGUUACCAAUCCAAGCUGUCUAAAAUUGGCAAGACAAAGUAGUAAUGGUGGUCAAAAAAAUAAACCCCAUGAACACAUUAUAGACUGUGGAGACAUAGUUUGGAGUCUUGCUUUUGGGUCUUCAGUUCCAGAAAAACAGAGUCGUUGCAUUAAUAUAGAAUGGCAUCGGUUCAGAUUUAGACAGGAUCAGCUACUCCUUGCCACAGGAUUAAACAAUUGUCGCAUCAAAAUAUGGGAUGUAUAUACAGAAAAACUCCUCCUUAAUUUGGUAGACCACACUGAAGUGGUUAGAGACUUAACUUUUGCUCCAGAUGGGAGCUUACUCCUUGUUUCAGCUUCAAGAGACAAAACUCUUAGAGUGUGGGACCUGAAAGAUGAUGAAAACAUGGUGAAAGUAUUGCAGGGACAUCAGAACUGGGUGUACAGUUGUGCAUUCUCUCCCGACUGUUCUACGCUGUGUUCAGUUGGAGCCAAUAAAGCAGUUUUCCUUUGGAAUAUGGGUAGAUACACCAUGAUAAGGAGACUGGAAGGCCAUGAUGUAGCUUGUGACUUUUCUCCUGAUGGAUUACUAGCUACUGCAUCUUAUGAUACUCGUGUAUAUGUCUGGGACCCACACAGAGGAGACCUUUUGUUGGAGUUCGGGCACCUGUUUCCCCCACCUACUCCAACAUUUGCUGGAGGAGCAAGUGACCGGUGGGUAAGAGCUGUGUCUUUCAGACAUGAUGGACUGCAUGUUGCCAGCCUUGCUGAUGAUGAAAUGGUGAGGUUUUGGAGAAUCGAUGAGGAUUGUCCAGUACAAGUUGCACCUUUGAGCAAUGGUCUUUGCUGUGCCUUUUCUACUGACGGCAGUGUUUUAGCUGCUGGGACACAUGAUGGAAGUGUGUGUUUUUGGGCCACUCCAAGGCAAGUCCCUAGCCUUCAACAUUUAUGUCGCAUGUCAAUCCGAAGAGUGAUGCCCACCCAAGAAGUCCAGAAACUGCCUGUUCCUUCCAAAAUGUUGGAGUUUCUCUCCUACCGGGGUUAG